UAAUAAUAAUUAUUAUACAAGUUACAAGUCUUUAUUAAUAAGACGUGGUAAAUUGUAUUUUGUAUUAGGUACUUAAUUUAUUUUUAUUAUUUUACACCUCUUGAAAAAAUGGUGAGUAAAUUUGUUAUUUGUAAAACUAACCAUUGCCAUAGUAACCAAAUAACCAAUGUGCAUGUAGGUAUGUACUGUCUAGGUACCACAAGCUUAUGUAAUAUUAUCAAGAUUGUAAGUACUUGAAGGCAUGUUGUGUAGUAUGUAUGGUCUUAUUAUCUCUUUAUUUAAUUAACCUAAAGUGUGAAAUGUCCAACUCCGAAAUAGAUAAUUUUGAGAUGGAUAAUAAUAAACUUAGAGACAAACAAAAAACAUUGGAAAUUGAUAAAAGAGUUGAAAAUAUUCAAAGAGAUGACAUGUGCAGUGGAAAUCCUGUUGAAUUUACAUCAAAUAUGCAUGAAUUGCAGGAUAAUAAAAGUGAUCUUAAGGCAAAAGAACAACUUGCGAAUGUAUUAAAUCAGCAAAGUAAUGUAAUGGAUCCAACUUCACAUACAGAACUACUAAAUUUUGAAGAUAUGCCAUCUGAAUCAGAAAAUAUAGUUGAUAAUUAUUAUUCACCUGGCCUAGAGACUGAAUCAGAAACAUGUAAAAACAGUUCAGAUGGUAUAUCAUUAGGGUUUGAAAGCAUAAAUAGUGAGAUGACAUAUGUAACCCCUAAAUGCAUAAAUAAAGAAAUGUAUAAUAGCCAACUGAUUAUACUAGAACCAAAUAAUCCUGUUAUGGUAAGAUUUCAGAAGACACUGAAAUUACAUUUAUUAAAACAAAGAGAAAACAUAAAAAAAGAAUUACAAACACUUGAUGGCUCGAUUAAAUCCAAACAAAAUGAAAAAUCUUUAUUUAUAAAUGAAAUAAAUAAUGUGGCUAGUCGAGUUGAAACUCAGCAUAGGUUAUUAAAUGAAUUUCAUAGAAUGAAACUGGAAUUGGAAAUAACAAAAGUACGAAUGGAGGAAAGUAUUAACCAAGGAAAACAACACUAUACCGAAUUCUAUACAAAAACUACAAUUGAAUCAAAAAAAUCUUCAGCUUUAAAAAGACAACUAGAUUGUAGUCAAGGACUUUUAAAAGAAUUAUUAAAGUAUGAAAAAGAACAAGAAAUCACAUUUAAUGUUUGUAAUCAAAAAAAAUCUGAAGCUAAGCAAUACAAAAAAAAAUUAUUAAAUGAUCAACAGAAACAGGAUUUGUUAUUAUUGUCCUUAACCCAAGAAAUUCUUCGAUUGGAAGAUCGCAUGAAACAAUUAGGUGAACAAGCAGAGACUAAGUAUAAUGAAAGAGAAUUUUUGAGACAAAAAGUUAUGGAUAAUUCAACAGAUCUUGAUGCUAUUAAUGAAGAUAAUGCUAAGAUUACAUUAUUAUGGAAUGAUGUUUUAAUUAGUAUUCAACAACGUGAUAAAUGUUUUUUAAGGACAAAAAAUGAUUUUCAAGAAGCAAAAAAUAAAUAUCAUACAUUGUUAAUGGAAGCAAACAGUUACAAACGUAGUGCCCAAGAUGAAUUUCAUAAAAAUAAAGAUCUAUUCAAUUAUUUGAACAAAUUGAAACGAGAACAAAAUAACAUACAAAAUAAUUUUAAAACAUGCUUAGAUAAAUUCAACGGCUUGAAAGAAGAAUAUUCUAAACUUAUCCAAAUAACAGAAUUUCAACACCAAAACUUAGAUCAAGUUACAUUGGAUCAAAACUCUAUAACAAAUGAAACAAAUAAUUUAUUACAUUUAUAA